AUGGGAAUGACAAAAUUACACGGCCUGGCUAUUCUAGUGACAGCAGGGAUCACUGGUGCAAUCUGGUACCACUACCCUUUCUCCCCAGCCAGAACUCAGGAACAAAAAGCCUCCCCUGGAGAGGAUUCACUCCUAAAAGCAGACUUAGAUGAAACAUCUCUGAUGCUUCCAUGGAGAAGGGAUGUGCUGGUGCUGACACCAUGGCUGGCUCCAAUUGUCUGGGAAGGCACCUUCAGCAGGGACAUCCUGGAUGCUCAAUAUCUGCAGAAGAACCUGGUCACUGGAGUGGUCACUUUUGCUGUUGAAAACUAUGUCCAGUUCAUAGAAGGGUUCGUGAGCUCUGCCAACGAAUACUUCCUUGCUGGGCACCCCGUGAACUUCUACCUGUUCACAGACAGUCCUGAGAAGAUCUCCCACCUCCAGAUGGCCCCUGAGAACCACCUGUUUGUCAUCCCUGUCCAGGAUGACCCCCGGUGGCAGGACCUCUCCAGGAGCCGCAUGGACAUCCUCAGCUCCUACAUCCAGAGGCAGUUCCAGCACGAGGUGGAUUAUCUGUACUCCAUGGACAUCAAUGUCCAGCUCCUGGCACACAUCGGCGUGGAGAUCAUCGAUGCCCUGGUGGCCACCAUCAGCUCCUGGCAGGUCACCCCACAGCAGGACAACAAAGCCUCUGAGACACAGCCUGGGUCACAAUCUGCCGUCCCUGAGGGACAAGGGGACUUCUACUACACCGCCAGCUUCUAUGGGGGCAGCGUGGCUGAGGUGUACAAGCUGACCAGAGCCUGCUCUGCAGGGCUGGUGGAGGACAGAGAAAACGGCAUUGAGGGUCCCUGGCACCACGAGAGCCACCUCAACAGGUACCUCCUGCAGCACAAACCCACCCGGCUGCUGUCCCCAGAGUACUACUGGGACACAGAGCUGAGCUCCAGCAGCAUCCAGGUGAAGAGGAUGUGCCCUGUGCACCAGCACAGCCACAGGAAAGCUCCUCAAACAAAGAGUGCCAGGCCUUUCUUCUUCACAGUGUAA